GCGCGUGCGCCGCGGCCCCGCCCGCCCCCCGGCCUGGUUUUGCGCUGCUCCGCGGAGAGCGUCUUUUCCUCGCUCUCUGGCUGCUUGCACGCGCCCUCCUUCCGGACCUCGGGAGUCGCGCAGCUCCCGGCCCGGUCUCCUCCCCGACUGCCUGGCUGCGGGGCCAUGGCGUGGCGGCGGCGGCCCGAGGCCGGCGUCGGGGUCCGCGGCGUGCUGGCGCUGCUGGCGCUGGCUGUGUGCGCGCCCGGGGCCCGGGGGCGGGCGUUCGAGUGGUAUUCGGCCGUGGUGAGCACCGAGUACGUCGACCCGUACACGAACCGCACCGUAUGGAGCGUCUCGGAGAGCGGCCGCUUCGGCGACAGCUCGCCCAAGGAGGGCGCGCAGGGCCUGGUGGGCGUCCCGCGCGCGGCGGAUCGCGACCCCGAGGGCUGCGCGCCAGAUACCCGCUUCCUCGUGCCCGCGCCCGGCGGCCAUGGAGCCGCGCCCUGGGUCGCCCUGGUGGCGCGCGGUGGCUGCACCUUCAAGGACAAGGUGCUGGUGGCUGCACGGAGGAACGCCUCGGCCGUGGUCCUCUACAACGAGGAGAGCCACGGGAACCUCACCGUGCCCAUGUCCCACGCGGGAACAGGAAAUAUAGUGGUCAUUAUGGUUAGCUACCCAAAAGGAAGAGAAAUUAUGGAUCUGGUGCAGAAAGGCAUUGCAGUCAAAAUGACCAUAGGAGUUGGCACCCGUCAUGUGCAGGAGUUCAUCAGUGGUCAGUCUGUGGUAUUUGUGGCCAUUGCCUUUAUCACCAUGAUGAUUAUCUCGUUAGCCUGGCUGAUAUUUUACUAUAUACAGCGUUUCCUAUACACUGGCUCACAGUUUGGAAGUCAGAGUCAUAGAAAAGAAGCUAAGAAAAUUAUUGGCCAACUUCCACUUCAUACUGUAAAGCAUGGAGAAAAGGGAGUCGACGUUGAUGCAGAAAACUGUGCAGUGUGUAUUGAGAAUUUUAAAGUGAAGGAUGUUAUCAGAAUUCUGCCAUGCAAGCAUAUUUUUCAUAGAAUAUGCAUUGACCCAUGGCUUUUGGAUCACCGCACGUGUCCAAUGUGUAAACUUGAUGUCAUCAAAGCCCUGGGAUAUUGGGGAGAGGUGGAGGAUGUGCAGGAGAUGCCCGCUCCAGAAUCUACCCCUGGGAGUGUUUUGGCUGCAAAUUUGAGUAUUACUCUACAAGAGGAGGACAGAAGCGAGGGGAACAAUUUACCAUCCUCUUCCACUAGUGAGUCUGCACUGCAGUGUGAUGCCGGCUUUAAAGAAGAUGCAGGUGAAGACACAGCCUUACUAGAAAUGGGCAGGAGCGACCUUGAACAUGGAAGGCCCAUCUCCUAGCACACAUCCUGGUGACCGCGUCACGGACAGAGCUUUGACUUCAAUUAAAGGACUUUUUUUUUUUUUUUUUUUUUUUUCAGCACAUAGUUUGUAUAUUUGAAAAUAAUGUACAUUCUUUUACCUUUCAGGUUCUGAUUUGAUACACAAAGGGCUAAGAUAUUUUAUUCUUAAAGAGAUGUUUUGAUUAGUCUUAAUAUAUUUAUCUACUAAAAUAUAUCAUUUAUGAUAAACAGUAUGUUGUUUUGGACUAUUACAGAGGAGACCACUAGGAAGGCCCUCUAAAGGGGGUGGCAGGGGGAGGUUUUUCUGAAUACUACUAGACUAGCUACCACGGUACUGUACAAAUGGGAUUUUGUUUCUCAAGGAUGGCUAUAGACUGAGCAACUGAAUUUAGACUAGUGGAAGUGGAAUUGUAUAAUUCACUUCAGUUAUUGAUCACGAGUUUUCCUUGGAGGAAAGGCUUUUCUAGAGCAUUAAACUUAUAAAUGAGAUCUGAGAAAUCUACAGCUUUCUCAAACCUCCAUGUUAUUAUAUAGACUUUGAAACCUACGAACACCUUUUUAUUGUUCUCUCUUUGGAAUUAUAGGAAAAGCGUUAGGUGACUUUAGGAUUUGCAUUUUCCCUUUUUAAUCCCUAAUUGCUUGUGAUACCUUAAAGGAGAGGGAAAUUUGUCCAUUUUUUCUACAAAUGAAAAGCUAAGAUCCUUCAUCACACAUGAGCAGUAAGUUCUUCAUUGCCUUAAGGAAAUCGAGCAGGCAGAGUUUUUUGUAAAUGAUGACUGUAUUAGUUCCAACUACAAUUUAAUCUUUACAAUUAAAAGGAUGGAGAACUUUGUUUCUGUUACAAAGUAAGCAGUUUACUUGAUUGAUUUAAAGAUCAUGAUCUCGUGUAAUCAUCUAUCCUUUUUAUUCUUGGCUGUUCUCACUUGUAGGUUGAAAGCGGCAGGUGAAUGUAAAGCUUUUGGAGACUGCACUCUUAAAUUUUAUAAAAUUAUUAAGUAAAAACGCACACUUUCUGCUCUCCUCUCCCUUCUUGGAGGUGGAAGUUGAGGAGGGUGAGGGAGAGUUAUUUUUUUAAAACUUGAAACUGUUGUCCUUUGUUGCUUCUAAGUUAGUUGUGUGUAUCUUUAUUUUGUGAGUAAAAAUAAAGGUCUGUUUGGAGUUUUAAAAAAUAUAAGGAAUUCAUUCUUAACAGCUGCAUCUAAGUUUUGUAUGGCUCUGUUUUCUUUUUUUUCCUUCAAACUAUUUGUUGCCCUUGGAUUUUAGCCACUCAUAGUGAAACAUUUGGUGAGUAAACAGUUUUGCUGGUGUAAAUUCUGUGGCCAGAUUCAACUUGAGGAGCUACUGAAGUAGAAAAGUUGACUGACUUUGAGCUCUCAUUGACAGCCUCAAAGUAGGUUUCCUUAAUAGCCAUUAUCUUUGUGGUUCAUUGCAAAUAGGAAAGUAUGUCCUUGAUUCUGUACCAAGUAGGUUUUUUGCUGUUUGUAUUUUAAGAUACAUACUUGGGAGACAUACUUUAAUUAAUAAUUCUUUCCAGUAUCCAAUGAAGCAGACUUUUAAAAAGAAUAUCAUGACAGAUCAAGCUAAAUUGUUUGAUAAUUACAGAAGUAUGAUUUCUUCAUUAGCAGCUAUCAGAUACAGCUUUCCAUAAUUCAAAUGUUUGAACACUAAACUGCAAAUUCAAGAGAUGGGAAGAACUAUAGUGGUCUGGUCUCAUCUGCAGAAACAUGUCUUUAAAAAUAAUUUUUUUGUUUAUUUUUGAGAGAGGCAGAGCAUGAAUGGGGGAGGGGCAGAAGAGGGAGACACAGAAUCCGAAGCAGGUUCAAGGUUCUGAGCUAUCAGCAGCUCAAACCCACAGAGCAGUGAGAUUCUGACCUGAGCCAAAGUCGCUUAACUGACGGAGCCACUCAGGCACCCCUGGAAACAUGUCUUUAAUAGCAGAGAAAGGAAUUACCAAGAAAAAAUAGAGAACUGCAACACUUUGAAAGCUUCCUUUGAUAGGCUUUUUUUUAGAUAUAAAUAUGAUAGAAAAGGGUCAAAUAUUAGAAUGUUUGCUGAGACAUGAAAUUGAUAAAAUGCUACUCAGAAUAUGGGAAUGUAAUGAAGAAAAGGUAAACCAGAGAGAUUUGGUUUAAGGUUAGUCAUAUUUAUGGCAGCAAUCAUGUUCCCACUAACAAUUGUCAUAAAAGCCAUUUGUUCACAAUUACUGUAGAAAGUUUUUUUUUUUUUAACUUUGAAAGUCCCAGGCAGCAUGUGAAAGAAGCAGUUUGACCAUGAACGUGAAGCACUGUUGUCAGUCGCCUACCCAGGUGCUACUUCUGGGUUUCCCGCUAGAACACCACAAAGGGCAGGAGGAGAUGUGCAAAAACAGGGCACCUUGGACAGGUGAUUUGAAGAUACUACAACUAGAAACCGGAACUAGAAAACCCAGAGAAUUCAAGAUAUGUUAUUUUUAACAUGGCAGUCAAUUGAACUACACUUAAAAGUUGAUUACAGUUAUUGAAUCCCAGGACUAUAGUUGAUUUCAGGUGUUUCUCCAGUGUCCAAGGUCUUCAACAAUCGGAAAAGGCCAGCGGCUUCUCGUAUCCUGCUGAAUUCAAUACAGAAUGCCUGCACUUCUAUAAACAAGUCCUGCACGUUAAUUAUUUUGUUACGGAUCAAGGACUGGAGAAAGACACACACAAGACGCACCAAACGAUUCUGAAAAAGAGAAAGCAAAUUUAGUGUACCCGUUUUCUUGGCAGGUAUUUAUAAAAUUUACAAAAAUCUCUGCUACUUACCUGCAUAUAUUUAUCCUUAAUUUGUUCACAAGUAGAGAUGCAAUUUGAUAUGUAAAGGUGAAUAAAUUCAGGAGGUAGAUCAACAGCUGUAGUGAGUCUGUUUCAGAAAGUUAAAAAGUUAGGGCUGUUACAAAACACUGUUACCCAUAAAAUAUAAAAUUCCUCUUUGGUCAUUUAGUCAAAAUUUCUGACAGAUGAUCAGUUACCUACUUUUAAACAUACUUAUGCAAAUAAGCCUGAGUCACCCACUGUGUUAGUCAAUGGCACUUCAUUUUUUAAGUCUAUACUUAGCAUUACAUUACACAUGAAAAUUACUCAUAAUUUUGAACACCACAUUUCUGUGUUCUUGGUUGAAUCCUAAUUUGUAGUUAAUGGUCUUCAAGCUCUAGUAAGUAACGUUAACUAAACCUCAAUUACAUGUAAGUGCUGUGCAAGGUGGUAGGUCCAAGAAGGUAUAAUUUUUAAUAAGUAUAAUUAAGGGCUAAAAUGAGGGGUUUGCAAAAAGCAGUGUAAAUGAAAAAACAGGAAAAGCCUUAAAGGUCAAGUGGCCUAAAACUGAAACCUCGAAGUAUUUCUUGUAACCUAGCAAGUGAUGUGAGAAAAAGCUGGGAUCUGGGAUUAGUGUGCCACAUUCAGGAACAUGGUGGUAGAGAUCCGGAUGGAAUGUGACAGAAGGCAUUGGUGGCACAUUAGUGUCUCCAAGAGGAAAAGCUGGUAUUUUCCAAAAGAUUCUGUGGAAUAUUUUAAGGAAAACAAAAGAUGGGAAUUCCAUGUUCAAAUAAAGGUAUGCUAUGCUAGCUAUACAGUAUGAAUUUCCAAAAGGAAUUCUAAACUUCUUUGACUACAGAACCUUUCCCCAUAAAGCACCAAGGAACCAGUGCUCUGAGAAAAGUGCUGUGGUCACUUGAGGUUGGGGGGGAAGGGGGUGGCGGGGGGGGGGGGGGGGGUGGCACAAGGAACAGACCUCAUCCUUGAAAUUAUUCUCUAGAAAGAAUACUACUGAUAAAAAGAUGUGGUUAUUCUUGGACUAAAUACCAAAUAGCUGGUGAAAACAGUGCUACAAGAACAUAGUGAAGGGGAAAAAGCUGGCACUGAGAGGGCAGUCAGUCCAAGGAUGGGAGCAGAAGCAGCCCCAGAAGGAAGUGAGUCUGCACUGGAGGGAAAAGCCUGAACAGGAGAAUGCAGACACACAGUAGUGUAUUUUCAACAAACAGCUGACCAGUUUUGCCAAUGACAGAAAAUAAAGUUGAAAGCCUCAUGCCUGCCUCCUCUCUCUCCCACCCCAGAAAGAACACUCCUGUACACAUACUUGUGAUUACUUAGUUCUUACUGGCUGAUAAGCUUAAAAGGGCAGCCUUCAGUACAAUUUCAAGAAGGUUAAAAAAAAAAAAAAACAACUAAAAAUUUGUUGCUAGUUUUUGCCUUCUGGCCAUUUAAUCAGGAUCUAGAUUCACACCGCCCCCGCCACCCACCCACACCCGAUCAA